AUGGCCCCCCUCGUCGCGGCGCGCGCGUACCCCAUUGUGGGCGGCAGCGACGAUGCGUGGGAUGUCGUGUAUGUGAAUGCAGCACUCGAGGACCAUCUUCGUGCGCAGGAGGCGAGCGCCGCGCCCCUCGCUGUCGCGAUGGCGUCGGUGGCCGACGCACACGCCACACGCACCGCCCUCAGCACGGCCGGGCGCCUCGUGUGGGCGCGCCCCGCGCCCCCCGAGCUCGAGGAGGCCGCCAGCGUCCCAUCGCAGGCAUGCGCCGUGUUUGUACCGCAUGGCCGCGCCGAGCUCGUCGCACUCCGCGCCGUGGAGCCCGUGCCGCUCACCGCCGCGUACCUCGCCGUGGCGCCGGCCCACUACGAGGCGCUCGCGGGCGCCCCGACAAAAAUGCGCCGCGAGCUUGCGGGUCGUCUCCUGCACACCGGGCGCACAUGCGUCUGGGAGCACACGCCCGUGCGCACCGUGAUGACCGAGCCUGUGGCGCAGGGCAUCGUGGUCGAGGGCACAACGCACAUCUACCUGCUGUGCGACACCGAGCCGCCGCCGCCGACGCCUCACCAUGGCACCGCUGCGCCGCCCAGCAUCAGCGAGCGCUUUCUCGCACGCGACGCGGCGCCGCCCCUCACACGCGCGGCGCGCAGCGCGCCGUCGAGGCACAUGGUGUGUGAGGCGAUCCGUGCAUGGCAGCAGCGCAACAGCGACGUCUACGUCGACGACGAAAGUACCGUGCUUGUCAGCGAGGCGACACUCGCCGAGCUCGGCGCGUUCGAUGGCGACUGGGCCGUCGCGAGCGCGCUGAACGACGCGCGCAUGCGCCUCGUGCGCCUCUUCGCCAGCAGCGAGGCGCACGAAGAGGCGCUUGUCCCGCCGAUGCUCGCGCAGAACCUCGUGCAUCCCGAGGCAUACGAUCCACUGCGCCCGCUGGUGCUCUGCCUCCAGCCCCUUCCUGCGCACGCCGCGGACGAGGCAGCGAGCGUCGCGGAUCCACGCAUCGCAGGCACGCCGGCGAAGCCGCCGCUCAUGCCGCUCGCCGAAUCGGUGGACCUGGCCCUCGUCGCAUCGCCCAUCACGACGGACCGCGCGUACGAGGCACAGUGCACACGGGCGCUGCAGGCCCAUCUCGCCGACCAUCCCCGCCUCCUCCACGAAGGCGACGUGCUCGCGGUGGCCGUGCAGGGCGGCCAAGCGCGCUUCCACCAGGUCGACGCGGAGCGCGCCGCGUCGCUGAGCGAAUCUGCGCAUGCGGCGGCGGCGGCAGCCGACCUGCCUGGCCUGGCACCCACGUACCUGCGGCACGCGGUCUUUUACUGUGUCACGGCCCUGGCGCCGGAGCUGGUCGAGCCUGAGGCGCUGCAGGAGCCGCUGUCGGCGCUGCCCGCGCUGCGUGCGUGGUACAUGCAGCUGGUCGCGAAUGGCGCGGACGCGGGCGCUGGCGCAUGGGUCGACGCGGCGCACACGCGCAUCGUGCAGUCGGGCACCGUGCAGCGCCGCGUCGCGGACGUCCAUGCGUGGCUCGAUCUCGCGAGCGAUGCGCCUGCGUGCCCCCCCGACGGGACGCCGCUGACCGAGGCAGGCACGCCGUUUGCGCGCCUCGUGUCGCUAUUGCACGCCGCGCUCUCGCCGCCCGCGCAGCCCCUGGGCCUGCACCUGCUCGUGCUCCUCACUGGCGCGCACGGGAGCGGUAAGCGUGCGCUUGUGCGGUGGGCCGUGCAGCGUGCCGGGGCGCACCUCCUGGAGCUUUCGUGCCCUCUUCUUGUGGGCGACAGCGAUGCGCACACCGAAGGCGCUCUCCUCGCGCGCUGUGAACGGGCACGUUCGUGUGCGCCGUGCGUGCUGCUCCUACGUGAUAUCGAUGGACUUGUGCGCGCGAAUGCGUCCGAGGCAGCGCAGGGCGCGGUCGUGCGCCUGCUCCAGCGGUGUCUGCAGCCGGACGGUGCAGCACCGCUCUUUGUCGUUGCCACGGCGGAGGAGGCGGAGCGCUGUCCGGCUGCGCUGCGUGGCCUCUUCCACGAGACGAUCAAGCUCGAUCCGCCGGCGGAGCCGGCGCGCGCGCAGUGGCUGCGCAUGGCGCUGGCGCCGCACACGGUCGGGGCGGACGUCCAUGUGCCGUCGCUCGCGGUACAGACGGCCGCCCUGCUCGCGGCGGACCUGUAUGGGAUCGUCGCGCGCGCGCGCGUCGCGAGUGUGCAGCGCGCGGCAGGGCUGGUGGCGCAUGGCGCGAGCGUCGCGGCGUCGCGCCCGGUGCUCUGUGCGGCGGAUCUCGACGCGGCGCUGGGCCAUGUGCGUGCGUCGUACAGCGAGAGCAUGGGCGCGCCCAAGAUCCCGAAUGUGACGUGGGACGAUGUGGGUGGCCUGGCGAGUGUGAAGCACGAGAUCCUCGACACGGUGCAGCUGCCGCUCCAGCACCCCGAGCUGUUCAGCGACGGUGUGAAGAAGCGCAGCGGUGUGCUGCUGUACGGCCCGCCCGGCACGGGCAAGACGCUGCUGGCCAAGGCGGUCGCUACGACGUGUGCGCUCAACUUCUUUUCCGUCAAGGGCCCGGAGCUGCUGAACAUGUACAUCGGCGAGUCGGAGGCGAAUGUGCGCCGUGUCUUCCAAAAAGCGCGCGAUGCCAAGCCGUGCGUGAUCUUCUUUGACGAGCUGGACUCGAUCGCGCCGAAGCGUGGCCAGCAGGGCGACUCGGGCGGCGUGAUGGACCGCAUCGUGAGCCAGCUGCUGGCCGAGCUCGAUGGCAUGGCCUCGGGCGCCGCGGCGAGCGACGUGUUUGUGAUGGGCGCGACGAACCGCCCGGACCUGCUCGACCCGGCGCUGCUGCGUCCCGGUCGCUUUGACCGCCUCCUGUACCUCUCCGUGGCGGAGACGCACGAGGCGCAGCUUCACAUCCUCCAGGCGCUCACGCGCAAGUUCGCGCUGGACGACGAUGUGGCCGACCUGCGGGUGGUCGCCGAGCAGUGCCCGUUCCACCUGACGGGCGCCGACUUUUAUGCGCUAUGUUCCGAUGCGAUGCUCAAGGCGAUGACCGCCAAGGCCGCCGAGAUCGAUGCCGCCGUGGCGCGCGCCGACGCGCUCCCCCGCACCGGCACGCGGCAGCACUGGCCGGUGCCUAUGACGGCGCCCUUCUACCUCGCUGAGCUCGCGGCGCCGCACGAGGUGCAGGUGCGUGUGCACCGGCGCCAUUUUGAGGAGGCGCUCCGCGAGCUCACGCCCUCGGUGAGCCCGCAGGAAAUGGCGCACUACCGCGAGGUGCAGCGCCUGUUUGCGCCGCCCGCGCCGCCCGAGAUACCCUCGGCCCCCGGUCCCGACAAGGGCAAGGGCCGUGCUCGCCUGUCAUAG